AUGUCUGCGGCGGUGGCAGCUCACCUGCCGGAGCUGCAAAUUUCUAAAAUUCCUGAUGGAAUCCAUUCCGAAAGUGAGAAGUUCGUGGAACUUACGUCGGUAGGCGCUGACCUAGUGCCAUCAGGACCUGCCGGUGUAUUCAGUGCCAGCUGCCCGAGCAUCCAAAACGGAGUCUGCACCGCCCAAGGCUCGGUGCCGUUGUCACCGGGCGAGAGCUUCAAGCUUCGCGUGUUGCAUUUGGGGACGUUUGGUGAGAUUGCUAUUGGUCUUUGUGCACCGGGCCAGGCACGCGAACAGACCAUCAAUCGCGACAUGGUCGGAUGGUCUCGUGGCGAGGUCGGUUUUCAUGGCGGUCAUGGAAAAUCCUUCGUCAACGGCCACGUUUCGAAAGAACAGUGCAGCGAUCGGUGGUCCGUCGGCGACGAGAUCGAGUGUGGUUUAACAGUUGGCGCCAACGUGUACUUCAAGCAUGCCGGAGAGCAGUUCGAGCACAUCCUCGAAAUGCCAGGCCGCUGGCAAAUUUCACUGGCGUACCCGACCGUCACGAUGCGCUCCCGUGGAUCUAAAGUGGAGAUAGAUCUUCGAGGAGUUGAGGACAAACCGCUAAAGGAUUUGUUGCCGCACAGCGGACCAGACUCGAGCAUGAGAGUGGGUGAGUCUCAAGCACAUUUGAGAUCGAAGUCGUCAGCCCUCACUCUGCUGACGUCCUUCAAGAAGACGGUCAUCCCUGAAGAUGACUGCCAAGAAGGCCCUGGUGUCACGACGCUGGAGCGCUGGCUUUCGCCCUGGUGUUGCCAAAGCAUUGAGGUCGAUCAGGCACCAUCCACCAUCGUUACAAUCCGUCUCACAGCCAGCCUGCCAAAGUGGCAGGCUGAGCCGCAAGGCGAACAGAUGCACACAGGCUAUCAAAGCUGUGAGCUGUCUUUCCACGACAUAGCUGUCUUCCACGAGCAAAAGUUUUUCGAGAGCAAUGCCAAAGUGAGCUUUGACCAAGAUGCAUGGACACCUAGCGACCUACUCAUCGAAGGGGUGUGGCUCCCAGUCAUGAGUUCAGCUGUUGACUGGUCUCUAUGUGCCGUUGAGACGCCCGCAGCCCAAGAAGUCGCCGUGCAGAUGGCAAUGAUGGCAUUGACGUCGCCUGCAGCUCUCUUUCGCGGGUCUGUGAGCUGCGGAAAACGCAUUGAGGCCAUGGUGUACAAGGUGGCAUCGACAACGCAGGACGAUGUUCUUGAGUCAUUGAGGUCCACACGAAGCGAGUCAUCGCAAUUGACAGGUGCAGACGGGAAGGAGGAAGUGGCAGGCGUGUUGCCCUUACAACGGCCAAAAGGAGUGGCAGAGGAAACGCCUGCAGAGCAGCUGGCAGAUCUUCGUAGGGAGCUGGCGGCGGCAGAAGCUCAGGCUGCCGAGGCCGAGGCCAAGAAAGCAGCUGCGCAGCACAGAGAAGCGCAGGCCGAACAUGUCCUUGAUGAGACACUUCACAACGAGGCGAUCGGAGAAGUUUAUGGCGCUUUCUUUGCUGGUCUUUUUCUGCUAGCAACGGCUGCUGGCGUCAUAUGGCUCAGACAUGGCUACCAGGUGCAAGCCGCCCAGCAAAUGAGCACGAUUGUGUCUCUGAAUGAGGAGCGAGUUAAAAUCUUGACUCGGCUCAAUCAGCAAACACAGCUGCAAAAGCCAGCUGGCGCGGCUGACAGCCUUUCCAGGCCACUCUUGCCGAAAGGGUAG